UAGUUUACGGCGGUAUCGAAUUUAUCGCGUAUGCUGUUGCGAUAGCAUUUUUAUUAGAGAUGUACAGUACCUUGCGUGAACUAAACCUAAUAAACAUCGCGAGUACUAUUAAAAGCACGGGCACAAAGUUCCAAGCACUAUCAGAGGCGCGAACAAAUGUAUCAGGAAUUAUUAAGGCACGGGCAUAA